AUGGCGAUCGACGUGCUGAGAGGGCCAAUGGUGCACGCGUUCUACGUGACGGUGCUGAUCACGCACUUUGCGAUCACCGAUGAAGUGUUCAUGAAUAAAAUCGAGGAGCUGCAGAACGGAAGUCGCAGUGGAGACAACGCGCUGAGGUCUUUGAUCGCGUCCUUCAACUACAUCGCACGGUUGUCGGUACUGUCACGGAUCUUGGCUUCAGCCGCGGUGUUCAUCCAGGGACUGCGUGUUCUCAACACGUUCUGCAACCACAAUGGCCUGAGCGUGCUCAGUCGGUCGAUAACCAAGGCGAUCUGCUGGUGCGGGACUUUCGCCGUGACGUUCUUCGUGAUCUUCAUGGCGUUCGCCGUAUCUGGCGCCAUACUGUUCGGCAAUCGA